GUCCAGUUUCUCAUAAUGAGGUUUUUAAUCUCAUUGUGUGUGUCUCUACUGCUGCUGAUUAAUGGAGGAAUAAUCAAUGGACAGCUACCAGCUGUCCAGUUGGUGAAUGGACCCAACCUCUGUUCAGGAAGAGUGGAGAUUCUCCACAAUGGAAUCUGGGGAACAGUUUGUGAUGAUUCAUGGGAUUCUAUAGACGCGGCAGUGGUGUGCAGAGAACUGGGUUGUGGGAGUGUUAUAGAGGCAAAGAGCACUGCUUAUUUUGGACAAGGUUCUGGACAAAUAUGGUUGGAUGAUGUCCAGUGCCGUGGGAAUGAAUCUACACUGAAAAACUGUUCAUCAAGUGGAUGGGGAUCACAUAACUGUGGACACCAUGAAGAUGCUGGAGUCAUCUGCCAAACUGUGAGGCUGGUGGAUGGAUCCAGCCUCUGUUCUGGAAGAGUGGAGGUUCUCCACAAUGGAAUCUGGGGAACAGUGUGUGAUGAUUACUGGGAUUCUACAGACGCGGCAGUGGUGUGUAGAGAACUGGGCUGUGGGAGCGUUGUAGAGGCAAAGAGUUCCGCUUAUUUUGGACAGGGUUCUGGGCAAAUAUGGUUGGAUGAUGUCCAGUGCCGUGGGAAUGAAUCUACAAAAAACUGUUCAUCAAGUGGAUGGGGAUCACAUAACUGUGGGCACCAUGAAGAUGCUGGAGUCAUCUGCCAAACUGUGAGGCUGGUGGAUGGAUCCAGCCUCUGUUCUGGAAGAGUGGAGGUUCUCCACAAUGGAAUCUGGGGAACAGUGUGUGAUGAUUACUGGGAUUCUACAGACGCGGCAGUGGUGUGUAGAGAACUGGGCUGUGGGAGUGUUGUAGAGGCAAAGAGUUCCGCUUAUUUUGGACAGGGUUCUGGGCAAAUAUGGUUGGAUGAUGUCCAGUGCCGUGGGAAUGAAUCUACAAUGAAAAACUGUUCAUCAAGUGGAUGGGGAUCACAUAACUGUGGGCACCAUGAAGAUGCUGGAGUCAUCUGCCAAACUGUGAGGCUGGUGGAUGGAUCCAACCCCUGUUCUGGAAGAGUGGAGGUUCUCCACAAUGGAAUCUGGGGAACAGUGUGUGAUGAUUACUGGGAUUCUACAGACGCGGCAGUGGUGUGUAGAGAACUGGGCUGUGGGAGCGUUGUAGAGGCAAAGAGUUCCGCUUAUUUUGGACAGGGUUCUGGGCAAAUAUGGUUGGAUGAUGUCCAGUGCCGUGGGAAUGAAUCUACAAUGAAAAACUGUUCAUCAAGUGGAUGGGGAUCACAUAACUGUGGGCACCAUGAAGAUGCUGGAGUCAUCUGCCAAAGCCAGGCACAAACAAGUACAGCACCAUGGACAGCAACGGCGACAUUGAACACAACUACCUCACAGCCAGGAGUCGGAGCUGUGAGGCUGGUGGAUGGAUCCAACCCCUGUUCUGGAAGAGUGGAGGUUCUCCACAAUGGAAUCUGGGGAACAGUGUGUGAUGAUUACUGGGAUUCUACAGACGCGCAGUGGUGUGUAGAGAACUGGGCUGUGGGAGCGUUGUAGAGGCAAAGAGUUCCGCUUAUUUUGGACAGGGUUCUGGGCAAAUAUGGUUGGAUGAUGUCCAGUGCCGUGGGAAUGAAUCUACAAUGAAAAACUGUUCAUCAAGUGGAUGGGGAUCACAUAACUGUGGGCACCAUGAAGAUGCUGGAGUCAUCUGCCAAAGCCAGGCACAAACAAGUACAGCACCAUGGACAGCAACGGCGACAUUGAACACAACUACCUCACAGCCAGGAGUCGGAGCUGUGAGGCUGGUGGAUGGAUCCAACCCCUGUUCUGGAAGAGUGGAGGUUCUCCACAAUGGAAUCUGGGGAACAGUGUGUGAUGAUUACUGGGAUUCUACAGACGCGGCAGUGGUGUGUAGAGAACUGGGCUGUGGGAGUGUUGUAGAGGCAAAGAGUUCCGCUUAUUUUGGACAGGGUUCUGGGCAAAUAUGGUUGGAUGAUGUCCAGUGCCGUGGGAAUGAAUCUACAAUGAAAAACUGUUCAUCAAGUGGAUGGGGAUCACAUAACUGUGGGCACCAUGAAGAUGCUGGAGUCAUCUGCCAAAGCCAGGCACAAACAAGUACAGCACCAUGGACAGGUAAUUAUGCCCAUUUAAUUGAUAUUAGAUCCACUUUUCUCACAACUUGUGAAAUAGGUAAUAUGCCCCAUGUCUAGGGAAUAGUUGCACGAUAAGGGCAUAAUAAGGAUAAGGAUGUGCUGGUGGAAUCCCAAUAAGAAUCACUCCGGUCGAGGAUGAAACAAGCACACAGAUUAAACAAAGAAAAGUAUUACAUUUUUUAGAGAUUGUGAGAUAACGUGAAGAGCAUGUCUUCAGGAGAACAAACAAAAGGCCAAACCAAAAGAAACUAGAAAAUAAAAUAAAAAACAAAUUAAGUAACCUAAUCGAAUAAUACUGAAAAUACAACA